UGAAAUACGGCGCAUGCGCUGUUUUACUAAGCGGAAGUGUCAUUAAUAGUUUGUAGUAACCGAAUGCAGCUGUUGUAUCUUUCUUUUUGAAUUUGUGGUGCUGAGUGUCUGCUGUUACAUUAAUGAAGGAUUUCCAGUGUAAGUGUUGAUAUAGAGUGCUGUAUAGACAUGGUGGGAUAUGAUCCCAGGGCUAAUCAUGGAUCUCCUACCCCAGAGGAGGCAGCCCUGGCUGGGUCAGCUGGUGGAAUGGUUACCAGAGCACUUAUCAGUCCUUUUGAUGUUAUUAAAAUCCGUUUUCAGCUGCAGAUCGAGCGUGUGUCUUCACAAAGACGUGAAGGAAAAUAUUGGGGAAUAUUUCAGGCAUCCCGAAGUAUUUACUCAGAGGAGGGUCUCACUGCCUUCUGGAAAGGUCACAUUCCAGCGCAGCUCCUCUCUAUCUGCUUUGGGGCCGUCCAGUUUGUCACUUUUGAGUUUCUGACCAAGAUGGUUCACAAGUCGACGCCGUACGACAGCCGGACUCCAGGAGUUCAUUUUGUCUGUGGCGGCUUGGCAGCCUGCUCUGCUACGGUGGCCUGCCAGCCUCUGGACACGCUGAGGACACGCUUCGCAGCUCAGGGAGAACCCAAGGUUUACAGUAACUUGCGGUAUGCCGUGUCCACGAUGUGGCGCUCUGAGGGACCGGUGGCGUUUUACCGCGGCCUGUCUCCUACCCUGGUUGCAGUGUUUCCUUAUGCUGGACUGCAGUUCUUCUUCUACAAUGUCUUUAAGCAGCUUUUGGCUCCUCCAUCUAAAUCCAAAGACUCAGGAGGAAACGUGAGAAGCCUGAUCUGUGGCAGUGGGGCGGGAAUGAUCAGUAAAACCCUCACAUACCCCUUCGAUUUGUUCAAAAAGAGGCUGCAGGUGGCGGGCUUUGAGAAAGCCCGCGCUCACUUUGGACAGGUGCGGACCUACACAAGCCUGAUAGACUGCGCGGUUCAAAUAGUCGAAGAGGAAGGGAUCCGAGGCUGCUUUAAAGGCCUCUCUCCCAGCCUUCUGAAGGCCGCGCUGUCCACAGGCUUCACCUUCUUCUGGUAUGAGUUCUUCCUCAACGUCCUGUGCAACAUUAGGGAAAAGCGGGAAGGCCAAAUGGAGAGAUGACGCAUAAUGAGAAAAACGACAUAGGAAAUGAGGCAAUCACGCACAUUAUAAACGCACUAAUGCCUUGUUGCACUGAACACGUCACUCAGCCGGGAAACUGAGCGGGUUUAUUUGGGUUUCUAUGGUGUUUACAAAUGUUAAGCAAGUGGAUAAAUGACUAUAUGAAAUGAUAUGUUGCUGUAUCAUUUACUUUUAUUUUGUAAGCAUUAUAUUUUUGUCGAGGAAUUUGUAUCUUGCUUGACUCUUGCGCACAACAAUGUCAAGUUUGUUUCAGUGUUAAAUGAUCAAAUUCUAUUGAUAAUCGAUUGUCAUCUGGUGGCGACAAAACAGUUUUCAAGCCAUAUCAGAGACAAAGCAGCUGAAACCUCUCUGGGUCCACUGGGUCGACUAAUCAAAUCAGAAGAAGUUGGUCGUGAAUGUCAUGGUGUCACGACCAUCACUUUUCCUGAAAAUAAUUCAAUUACUGACCAAAGACUAGGUAGAAAGUUAAAAGUCGUUUUUUCACACAUGCUGACCAGCAAUUGGUCAUUCUGCAGGGACCCAUCUUGUCCAGAAUGGACAGCAGAAGGAAAUGUGUGUCAAAAAAUGUGUUGAUUGGCCAAACAGUGAGCACCGUUCAUCAGACCCAGGGGACUGGCUGCUACACGCAUCAGUGUGCAUCUUCAGCCAUUGAUCAGGUUUGACGGUAUGUACGAGGGUAAUUAAUCUUCCUCAGCAAUUAUCCGGCAUCUCAGACGUCUCUCACACCAGGCAACUGCAAAAUGUUGUCUUAUGUAAACCUAAAAUAUGACUCGGUCCCGAUCAAAUGGGGACUUCAGUGUGUGCAAGGCAUUUUCUGUCUGGUGACCCUCACUUGCCACUUUCAGUAAUGCCUCCACUCAUCCACUUUGAUGGCCAUGUUGGCUUUCUGGUCCCAAUAUAUGUUUGAACUUUGCCACCGUCUCCAUGCUGGCUGUCCAAAUGCAUUCAGUGCUUGUUAUCAGCCUCAGAUUCAGCUGACAAUACGGCGACGAACACAUGUUUGCAAAGCUUCUUGUAAAGAUGUGUAAAAAUGCAUGUUUUUAAUUGCUGUAGCUUUGACCUCUCCUCUUUGCACCAUUGUUCUUCUGGGUCCCCUGUUAUGCUCUCUUCAGUUCAUACACAGGUUAUCUGUAGGAGUUAUGUUGGAGGAUCACAUGUGCAACUUUUCAGCUGACGAUCAACAUAUACGUGUUGAUUUAUCAAUCUGACCUCUCAAGUCAUUUAUGGCACAAUUUUUCUUGGUUUGUUCCUAGAGAGGGCAAAAAAUUUAGACUGAAAAAAAUCAUGGUCCUUGAACAGACCAAGAGAAUAGCUGGUCCUUUGCCGUCUUCAGUCUCAUCAUAUUUAUGAUUCAGGAAAUUUAGGUUAUUGAGAACUAAUGAGAAAUUCUCAUUAAUUAAGAGAAUGAUUUCUUAACAUAGGAUUUUCCUCUCCACCAAGUAAAUGCUGCCGCUCUGCUUGCUUCUCAGACUCUGGUCCUACUUCUUCUGUCUUUUGUUUUGUGUCGCAUCGCUCUGUCACACUUGUUCUGGAUCCUGUUUCACCCCUUUUCCAUCUUGUGGGUGUUUCUGUUCUCUGCUCAAAAUGGAUCAGAGAACAGAAUGGAUCUUCUGCACUCGAAGAUGACAGAUUGAAAGUACACGAGAACAAAGUUAAAGGGAUUUAUCUAAUGUGGUGGAUUAGUCUUGGUGGGUAAACAUCUUGGUGAAAGUUUAAACUGAACUUUGCGCAUUUUCUGCUCAGUUUUACGGCUGUUACCUUGUAUAUUCUUGGACACGUGAUACUUAUUUUGAUAUUCACUUUAUUUAGUGGGAAAAACCAAAUGGAACCUUAAAGUUUAUAACUUGUUUAAAUGUCUCACUUUGAGUUAAACUUACUGACCUUUGCUGCUUUGUUAAUGCUUGUUUCAUGUGUUUAUAUGGUCUUCACUUCUUUGUCAAUAAAAUGUACAACCACACUGCUAAAA